AUCACGACGCACAAGCCUUCCAACGCGUCACUUAUCGUCCUCAAACCCUCAGUCAAAUUCGUAGAUCCAUAGCGUACAACGACAUCCCCUUCGAUCUUCCCCUAAACAUCUGCUUCAUCCACAAUGUCCCGCCUUUCUCUCCAACAAAACCCUUCUCAGGCCUCCUCAUCUCAAGUUGCCACAACCCUCACGUCACUAGGUCAAGAGUCCUCAAAGCAAGUGGAUGGCGCUGCCCUGGAAUAUCUACUCAUAGAAGCCAUACCUGUGCUCCGCGCUUCGUCAGCCGUCGCGUCUGCACGGCGAAAGGAGCUCGAACGCGAGAUGGCCGAGGCGGGUAUCAUCGUACCUCCACCCAAUCCACCUCCUAAAGAUACCACGCCAAAUCCGACGCCAAAUGCGAGUACAACGAACGUGAGAGACUCAGCGGGAAGUGCGCGAAGUGUGGCUGGCGCUGGAGGCGGAGCAGGGGCACCGGUGGACGAGGCAGAGGAAGCUCUAAGGCAAAGGCUGGAGAGCAUUGGCAUGCAUAUCGGGGCCAACAUUACAGAGCGGCUAGCGCGAGAUCGACAACCCUUCGGUGAUACCCUCGAUGUGGUCAAGUUCGUCUGCAAGGAUCUCUGGACUGCGUGCUGGGAUAAGCAGAUAGACAACCUACGGACAAAUCAUCGGGGUGUAUAUGUGUUGCAAGAUAACGCAUUCAAGCCACUCAUGCGUCUAUCAUCGUGGGAGGGGCGCACAGAAGCGCUCCGUCGGGCAAAGACUUAUGUUGCGCUCCCUGCGGGUAUCAUUCGCGGCUCGCUCGGACGACUAGGGCUCCCAGGGACAGUGACGACCGACAUAACUUCUUUACCACAAUGUACAUUUCAUGUUAAGCUCCCUAAAAAUGCGCAAUAGAUCCUCUGGGAAGUGGAGUAUACCGAUAUCACCAAACUAUUUGAGACAUGAAGACAAGGUGCAGUGGAGGAUGCCAACAGCCUAACGUACCGUCUGUGGUGCCAGGAUGAUUGGCAAGUGUGCUGCAAUUAGCCAUACAGCCACUUUUCGCGACAGUUCCCUCCCUGGUCAUGUCUCUCAGGGUCUUGCCUUGAACGCUAUCAAACUGUCUGG